AGCUGGGAACUGCUCAGCAGCCUGGAGGGGAGCCCUGGGUGGAGGAAGACGAGGCCCAAAAGGAGGGACAGGAGGGCCAUACGGGGCUGCCCUUCCCGCUCUGCACUCCUUCAAGCCCAGCGUGGGUGAUCUGGAGAUAGGCACUUUGAGAAUAGGAGUGAGCAAGAAGCGCUAGCACUGAGCUAGGCACUCUGGGGGGGUCAACCUCUGCUCUGGACACACACAGACGCACUGGGAAGGGAGGCCCGGACCAUUUCCUGGCAGAUCCAGGCUGCCUGUCCUCCCAGGCCCCAGGCUCCCAGCUCCACCUCUCUCCCUCUGUUUCACUUCCCAGGGUUUUCUUUCCUCCUUUCCCCCGUGGCCAUCCCUUCUUCCCUUCCAUGUCCCUGCUGCUCCUCCUCUAGGGAGCUCAAGAUAGCCCAGGAACAGGCAACCAACAUUGCCCUGGCUCAAUGAUAUGCUUAAUAUGGGCUGACUCUCUUCCCUUCCCAUUUUUCAUGGCUCCCGUUUGCCUUGAACUCUGAGGCUCAGCUAAGGCUGCUUUAAGGCAGAAUUGACUCACCCAGGAUUGGGGGGAGGAGGAAGAAACCGAGGCUCAGGAUGAGUGAGUGUCUGGGGUAGGACCAUGGACCCUGUCUGCCUGACCUCGGCAUUCCCUGCUACCUUCACAGGGCUGCCUCUUGGUACAAAGGCUGGAUGCCGGGUGUAGGUGUCUCUUUCCUGACUCGGGCAUCAGGGUUUAAGUGCUGGUACCACCUGGGUGGUGCUGUCCAUGGUCUUCCCAGAGGAGAGAGGGCUGCUCUACUCCUCCUGAGGUCCUGUAGAGGUAAAUUCCCUGGGGCCAGGGACUGGUCCUCACCCUGCCUCACCUCCCUGGGCUUCAGGACAUCAGAAGACAGUCAACCAAAACUCAAGAGUUUGAAUGAAGCAACAGGAGAUGUUUAGCCUGGAAAAGAGAAGGCUGGAGGAGGGAGCAGCAGCAGCCCGGCUGUCUGGAAGACCUAAGAUGGGGAGCAGGGAACAUUGUGGUGAGGCUGAUGUGUGCCGGUGGUCAGCUCCCCAUCCUUGGAGGUCCUCGGGGGGAGGCCGGAUGUGUCCAGUUCUGAGGCCUCAUGUCCCCAGGCCACGCUGUCCAGGCCAGUGUCUUGCUUGUGGUAGGUGCUCAGGAAAUGCUUGUAACCUUGGCUGGCCGUAGCUUAAUCUCUGAGGCUCGGUUUUGUGAUCUGUGCAGGAGAUGCCUGGACUCCAUGACUGAAUUCAGCUGUCCUUAAAGAUGUGUGUUGAAACUGUUUGGAGUCAAUAGCCUUGCUUGAGAUCGUUCCUUCCCAGUCCUUUUUCCAUCUGCUGCCCCUUUGGCAUGGGUGUCCCCCAAGGUUCUGUCCUUGGUCCUCUCCUUGUCUCCCUUUACCCCUCUUUUGGUGGCCCCGUAAGCCCUCAAGGACCUCAUGAAGAAAGGUACCAAAUAUAUGGAUCUCCUGGAUAAUCCAGUCUCAGUCCUAAACUCUAGUCCCCAUUGCCAGCUGGGAGAUCUCUCAAACUGGAUGCUCUGUAGAGAACUCACAGUCUUUCUCCUAGAACCUUCCCCAUUUCCGAACUGGCUCGACACUACCCGCCUCCUAAUCCGCGGGGCUACAUCCUCGUUGUUGGAUCUUGUCAUUUCUGCCUUCAUGAUACCUCUUGUACAAAUCUUUCCCUGGGUCAUCCUCUCGUCCCUGUGAGAGGCCUCAAGGAAGACCAAGGCCCCAGUACUCCACAGCACCUGCUUUGGCCUCCUUCACCACUGUUGGAACAAAUUAUCUGCCCAUUCUGCCAGGGAAAAUCUUCACGUGUUUGGGGACAGCACAAGCUUGACCCCUAGGAAGGGCUCGACAGUGUUAUAGAAGAAAUGACUGAUUGUUGGACCAGGAUUGGGACCUUUGCGGAGGGGAGGAAGAAGAGAGAAGAGCAUCCCGCCCCCCAUUCUUUUUGUCUCCGUUGCUGUCUGGUCUCACUCUCUCCAAUGUUCUGUCUCUCUCUCCCUCCAUCUGCUCAUCUCCAUGCACAGGUGAUGAGAGCAGAGGAUCAUGUUAGCAGUGCACUUUGACCAGCCUGGGGGCCCUGAAAACCUUUACCUGAAAGAGGUGGCCAAGCCUGAGCCAGGACCAGGAGAAGUCCUCCUGAAGGUGGCUGCCAGUGCUCUGAACAGGGCAGAUGUGUUGCAGCGCUGGGGCCAGUACAGCCCGCCCCCUGGAGCCAGCAACAUUCUGGGCCUGGAGGCAUUUGGCCACGUGGCUGCCAGGGGCCCCGGAAAGCAGGGACUCAGCAAUGGCUCUCCUUGCUGGGGGGGGGGGGGGGGGCAGGCAGAGUAUGUCAUGGUCCCUGAAGCUCACCUCAUGCCUGUUCCCAAGGGGCUGACGAUCCAGGCAGCAGCCAUCCCUGAGGCCUGGCUCACAGCCUUCCAGCUGCUCCAUGUCAUAGGUGAGGAAGCAAGGUUAGGUUUCUAUGUAUGUGUUCAUUAACCUCUGCCUGCCUCAGCUUACUCAUUUGUUCAGUUGGCCCGCCAGGCUGGAGCCAUUCCUCUGGUCACCGCUGGGUCUCUGGACAAAGUUAAGGCAGUGGAAAAGCUUGGGGCUGCUGCUGGCUUCAACUACAAGGAAGGGGAUUUUUCAGCUGCAACACUGGAGUUUACUAAGAGCGCUGGAGCCAACGUGAUUCUGGACUGUGUUGGCGGGUCCUACUGGGAGAAGAAUGUGGCUUGCCUGGCCCUGGAUGGCCGUUGGGGCGGAGCGGAGGUCCAUGGGGAGCUUCUCUCCAAGCUUCUGGCCAAGCGAGGGAGCCUCCUCACAAGCCUGCUGAGAUCCCGAGAAAAGAAGUACAAAGCAGAGCUGGUGGCGGCCUUCACCCAGCAGAUCCUGCCUCACUUUGCCCAGGAUGAGCCGGGGGCACUGAGGCCUGUGGUGGACAGAGUCUACCCGAAGCAGGUGGCAGAGGCCCAUGUGUACAUGGAACAGAAUAAGAACUUGGGCAAGAUUGUACUGGAGGUGGCGCUGGGGGCCCUGAGCACAAUAAACCAUGCUGGUCCCCCAACCACCUGCCUGGUGCCUUCUUGCCCCCAAGAGCUUUCCAGGCAGAGAGUUGGGGGGGGGCUGCUACUGCUACCUCCAGGAGGGCAAGGCUGGGAAGCAUGGGGGGGCAUGGGCCCCUCCUGUGUGGUGGGAGGGGGAAUAGGGAUCCUUUCUGUGCAUCUGUAAGGGGAGGGGGAGCAGGGGCCCCUUCUGUUUGAUUCUCUGCUGGUCCUGAAAAAGACCCGGGCGCCUGGCCCCAAGGGGCUUCUGUUCUAGUGGGGGCGGGGCAGGCGGCUAUAAAGUAAUCCCUGGGUAAAGGAGGGGGAGGGGGGGCUUCCCUGGACCCCGCUUCAGGGGCCUCGGGUCUGCCCAGCAGCCAGCCCCUGGGGCAGGCCUUGGUCACCUAGAGCCUGGGUGGGCUGGGGUGGGAGUGGGGAGGGGUCCGGCCUGCCGCAGUUCUUAUCUGACCCAUGACCCGCCCUGCUCAAUAACCUCCAGGGGCUCCCUAUGGCCUCCAGGAGCCCUUCGUCACCCAGCCCCGCUUCCCAUCUGUUUUCUGGGCGUCUCACCCCGAACAUUCUUCCUGCAUCCCCGCCCCCCGCCUCGUACACUUUUGCCAUUCUCCGGACUCCGCGCCUUUGCACGCUCGGCCCCCAGUGACCUCAGGCUCUCCCUCCGCUCCUAAAGGGCC